GUACUGCAGCUACGUUCUUGCGACAACAAAAUUCUUGUCACAUUCCUUUGCCAAAACAGUGAACCCCUAUCAAAGACCAACACCCAUUAGGCCAUUUCCCUUUCCAAUUUUCUUCCUUUUAGUCGUGAUGUCACCUUCAUCAAUCAAAAACUCCAACCCCAUUUCCUCAUUUUUUUAAUCCUCAUUUUUUUAAUCAAUAUAUCCCCCACAAACACACAUCCCCCUGUUCAUGAAUCCCAACUCCCAAGGCCUCAAACCCUGGUAACAAUUUCUCCACCCUCACAAACCCCAACAUGAACGCCACCACAAAACCCCAAGAAAUCAAGGAUUUGCAAAUUGUAGUCGCCGAGAAACAAGAAGACCCAUCGAAGAAGCAGUUGGCCCCCAAGCGCAGCUCAAACAAAGACCGGCACACCAAGGUCGAAGGCCGAGGUCGGAGGAUACGCAUGCCCGCCCUCUGCGCCGCCAGAAUCUUCCAGCUGACCAGGGAGCUGGGCCACAAGUCCGACGGCGAGACCAUCCAGUGGCUCCUGCAGCAGGCCGAGCCGUCGAUUAUCGCCGCCACCGGAACCGGGACCAUUCCGGCUUCGGCGCUGACGGCGGCCGGCGGCUCCGUUUCCCAACAGGGCAGUUCUGUUUCUGCUGGGCUGCAGCAGAGUAUUGAUGAGUUGGGUGGUGGGCCGAGUAGGGCCCUUUGGCCCAACCUGGGCAGACCCACCACGGCCCACAUGGCCACCGCGGCGGCGGCGGCGGGGUUGUGGCCGGGUGGGUAUGGGUUUCAGCCAACGUCAUCUGGGGGUAAUUUGGGAAAUAAUGAAGGGGGGUCAAGUUACUUGCAGAAGAUAGGGUUUACUGGGUUUGACUUGCCACAAGGGAACAUGGGUCCAAUGAGUUUCACUUCAAUUUUGGGUGGAGCUGGGGGUGGGAAUAACAAUCAAGUGCCUGGGCUGGAGCUGGGGUUGUCACAAGAUGGGCAGCAUAUUGGGGUUUUGAACACUCAGGCUUUGAGCCAGAUUUACCAGCAGAUGGGGCAAGCUAGAAUGCAACAACAGCAGCAGCAGCAUAGUUUGAGUCCUCAUAGUCAGCAAGCAGUUUCUAAGGAUGAUUCUCAAGGGUCUGGGCAGUAGAUUUGGAGAUGAUAUAUAUACGUAUAGAAAUACUAUUGAAUUUUUUUAUAAAUUAUGAAGAUAUUGUUUCUUUUUGGUGGGGAGGUUGAUGGGUUUCUUGUGUUGUAUAAUUGCAAAGAGUGAGAGAAAAGAUAUGGCUGAAGUGAGAAUUCAAUAGGGAUUAGUACUACUGUAUUGGGUUUGCUCCAUCUUUUUUUCUCUCCACAGCUCCAUCUCAAGGCUCCAAUUGCAGGUGGAACUGUGCAGGGGCCAAAUAGAUUUUUGGGUUUGGGGCUUAACUUCUGGUUUGAUUGCCAAAGGUGUGUUGAUAAUAGUGGUAUUUUCUAAAGAUUUUGUUCCCUUUAGAUCUUGAUGGAGUGCUGAGUAGAUUUGUUUGAACACAUAUAGAGUUUCAUAGUCAUAUUAAUGGAGUUUCUCUCAGUUCUAGAGAGGAUUUUUGGCCUUGUAUGAUAUGAUAGUAUCCACUUAUGAACUAAAUGGGAAACCUACUCUUUAAUUGCAAA